AUGGCUACUAAUCAAAAUACAGCGAUGUUUAGCAGUGACCUGCAGACAUUCAUCGUCACAAAAUAUGACCCGUUACUAACAAUUGUGAAAGAAUUAAAUGAUAAAUUACAAAAUUCGGAAAAAGACAAAUACAGACUAGAGAAAAGGAUAACAAAAUUAGAAAAACAAAUGGUAAUUUUACUAGACAAAUUAGAAGUAACAGAUAUAACAUUUGACAAUAAUGAUAUACCAGAAAAAAAAACAAAAAUAAAUUAUAAAAUUGAAAAUGAAGAAAAUUUAUUAGCUCCAUGGCUUUUCUCUUGUCAAUUAGGAACUCCAUUAUCUUCUCUACAAGUACUUCUUGAAUUUUCUGUACAAACUACAAUAGAAUUAAAUGUAAAAUUAUGGAAAAGGGAAGAAGAUAUGUGGGUUAACUUUUUAGAAGCCAUAUCAACAAAAUCUAAAAAUUAUUUACCGGAAACAUUAGAUUUACUAGAUUUAAGAAAGUCAACAAGAAAAUGUUUAUUAAACUUAUGUACAAAUGAAAAUCUAAUUGUAUUAAGAAAUGUUCCAGGGAAAGCACAAGCAGUAUAUAAUACAACAACCAUGACACUAGUAGCAAUUCUAGCGUCAGCUAUAUAUGAGGCAUGGAAAAGAAUUGAAUUAACAGAUCCUGUCUCAUUAGGAAGGAUAGUACUUGUAUUAGACGGGGAAGACGUUGGGUCUAGAUUAAGAGCAGGAAACAAAAAAUUAAAAAUCGAACCCUUAAAUUAA